AUGCAUUCUCAGGCCUUCGCUCUCCUCGCCGCCGCCGGCGUGGCUGUUGGUCAACAAGUUUCCAACACCGCGACUGGCACGCGCGCCGUUGAACGGGCUGCUGCUACUGCCCUGACCGAGUCACCCACUUCCUAUGUGAAGGGCAAGGCCUUUGACCGUAUUAUCCAGAUAUACUUGGAGACUACGUACUAUGACGAGGCCAUUGCCAAUGAGGACUGCGCGUCACUCUAUGAGCGAGGUAUACUUCUGACCAAGGAGUACGGAGUUGGCGCUCCCAGUCAGCCAAACUACAUUUCCCCAGCCAGUGGUGAUACCUUUGGCCUCAACAGUGACAGUUUCCUCGAGGUUGACAGAAACAUCUCCACCAUCGUAGACCUUCUUGAGGACAAGGGUAUUAGCUGGGGUGACUACAACGAGGGAUUGCCCUACACCGGCUUCAAUGGCUUUGAAUACAGCAACCCGAAAGAGGGCAACUAUGCUCGAAAGCACAAUCUCCUCCAACGAUUCAGAUCCGUCACGGAUUAUCCCGACCGCCAAGCUCAAAUUAAGAACUUCACCUUGUUUUACGAGGACAUUGAAAACAGAAGACUCCCACAGUGGGUCUUCAUCACUCCCAACUUGUACAACAACGGACACGACACCAACAGUACAGUCUCCUGCAAGUGGGUCCGAGGAUUUGUUGAAGGCUUGCUUGACGACGACUACGUCAACGAUAAUGCUCUCAUUUAUGUCACCUGGCAGGCCAACGGUGAAUACCCCGAGUUACGCAACCACGUGGCUGGUAUCCAAGUUGGCAGUGCUAUUCCCUAUGAGUAUGUCGGCUACCAUGACCCGUACUACUACAACCACUACAGCGAGCUCUCAUCCGUCGAAGCCAAUUGGGGCCUACACACGCUGGGUCGCUGGGAUGUGGGUGCCAACGUCUGGUCAGUCGUAGCCCGCAAGACGGGAGACAAGGAGCGCCAAUGGAACGAAUACAUUGCCCAGGACCCUUUCGAGGCAUACUUCUGGAAUCAAAGCUACGGCGGUGUCUUUAGCGACUACAAGUACACCAAGCACACCUUUGUGGCGCCCAACGUGAAGCUGGUGCGUAAUGGCCGCUCCGUCCUGCCUGAUAUCCAGUACACAUGGGGUGGUUCGAGGCUUCCCGACUACUACAGCGACAUUAUUGAGUUGCCUGACGACUUUCACCCCCCUUGCGGCUUCGAGGUUCCCAUCCCUUGGCAGCCCGCUAUGCCCAUCAUGACGCCCAUUAGCAGGUACCCGCCUGAGGAUUAUGCGACCCCGACUGGCGACUACUACAUCCCCACCAUAUGCCGCACGCCCUACACCAGCCCGACGUUCACUCGCAAGCCGACAUUCAACCCCAAGCCAACGUUCGAACCCAAGCCUACGAACAAGCCGGGCAACGGCGGUGGUUUCGGUGGCGGCAACAAGGGCGGCAAUCAGGGAGGUAACAAGGGUGGUAACCAGGGCGGCAAUCAAGGAGGCAACAAGGGUGGCAACCAGGGUGGCGGUUUCGGUGGUGGUAACAAUGGAGGCCAUGGAGGCGGUGGUGGUUUCGGUGGCGGCGGCCGUGGAGGCGGAGGCGGCGGAGGCGGCGGUCAUGGAGGCCACUAG